CGGCAGCUCGGGGGCCGCCGCUGCCCCGGCUGCCAUGAGUUGUGCGGAGGUGAUGUAUCACCCCCAGCCGUAUGGAGCGCCCCAGUAUCUGCCCAACCCUGUGGCAGCUGCAACCUGCCCCACAGCCUGCUACCACCCGGCGCCCCAACCUGGCCAGCAGAAGAAGUUAGCGGUAUACAGCAAGAUGCAGGACUCUCUGGAAGUCACCCUUCCCAGCAAACAAGAGGAGGAGGAGGAGGAGGAGGAGAAAGACCAGCCUGCCGAGAUGGAGUACCUUAACUCUCGCUGUGUCCUUUUCACUUAUUUCCAGGGAGACAUUGGGUCAGUAGUGGAUGAACACUUCUCAAGAGCUUUGGGCCAAGCCAGCACCCUCCAUCCAGAAUCUGCCAUUUCAAAAAGCAAGAUGGGGCUAACCCCCCUCUGGCGAGACAGCUCAGCUCUCUCAAGCCAGCGGAGUAGUUUCCCAACUUCCUUCUGGACCAGCUCUUACCAGUCGCCACCUGCACCCUGUUUGGGUGGCGUUCAUCCUGACUUCCAGGUCACUGCACCCCCUGGCACCUUUACCGCAGCCGACCCCAACCCCUGGCCGGGACACGGCCUGCAUCAGACCGGCCCAGCCCCUCCCCCUCCUGUGUCUGAGUCCUGGCACUACCCUUUGGCAUCUCAGGUGAGCCCCUCCUACAGCCACAUGCAUGACGUGUACAUGCGGCACCAUCACCCCCAUGCCCACAUGCACCACCGCCACCACCACCACCACCACCCUCCUGCUGGCUCUGCCCUGGAUCCGUCCUACGGGCCCCUGCUGAUGCCGUCAGUGCGUGCAGCCAGGAUACCUGCUCCCCAGUGUGAUGUCGCAAAGACAGACCCGACAACAGUCACCACUGCUACCUCAGCGUGGGCUGGAGCCUUUCACGGAACCGUGGACAUCGUGCCAAGUGUGGGGUUUGAUACAGGUCUACAGCAUCAAGACAAGAGCAAGGAAUCACCAUGGUACUGAAACUCACGGUCUUAGCAAGUCAGGUUGGAGCGUGAAUCCAUGGGCCCACUGGGAAAAGAGGCUGCCAGGGCUUCCCGUUCUGCAGUGGGACACAAUAGACAUGCAAGGAGAAGAGGAAGUGCCAGCCACUGACUUUGGUUUGAGCCUUUUCUUGAGAAAGCAGAGUGGGUACUAGACAUUAAAGAAAGCAUUUUUGUUUGUUUUUUUCCCUCAUCUGAGCCUUUGCCAACUGUACAACUCUCUUUUUUUGUCUUACUUUUAUCAAUGUAUGGUUUAAUUUUUGUUUGAUUUUGAUUUUUUUUUCUUUUGGAACCAACCACCUUGUCAUGAAAAGAUGAAACACGAAUGAAAAUGCUCAGUCUUUCAGGAAUACAGUUUUGUAGCUCUGUGUGCAUCUAUUUUUGUAGAAAUACAGAAAGUUUGAUUUAGCAUUGAUGGGCUAUUUUUGAGGGAUGUAUUUUUUUUAAUAUUGUAAAAAUUGUUAAGUUCUGUUUAAAGAACUUGCUCUCAGAGAAGCACUGGCAAAAAUGUUUAAAAUGCUUGUCUUUAAGAUGUCUGUGAGAUGCUCUGUGCUUUCCAGGUUACCUCAAGUGUUUGAUAGUUCCUCUUUUUGACAAAAGUAGCACCGUAGCCAAGCCAAUAUAGUAUUGUUUUACAUUAAAUCUCAGUGAAGAUUUAAUUUCAUGCCAGCUCACUUAGCGUAGAAUUACAUGGUUAGCUUGAAAAGGAACAUUUUAAUGACCACACUAUAGAAAGGAUAUUUCCUGGCUUUGAUAUCUUCCAAAGAGGACUUGGAGGCUGACUAAGAAGAAAGUUUGCGUAAACUUUCACUCAAAUGGAAAGUUUGCUGGAGUCUAUAAUUCCCUUUCUAGUCCAUCCAACUUUGAUAAGUGAACCAGAGUUUAUAUUCAACUACUGGGGAAAAAAAUGCAUUUAACAAUGCCACCUGUGAAUGUCAGUGACUUAUUUUCCUUGUUGCUAGUUAUUCAUUCACGGCAAUUUUUAAAGUUGUAUUUUAAGCGGAUUAUUUUUUUCCUGGAGAUAGUUUGAAGUGAUAAUAUUUGGAAAAGUACUAGACUCAUCACAAAGCCUUUAAUUCAGUGGCUAUUUCUGAUAAUGUUACCCAUCAUUGUAAAUUGAAAAAUAAUAUAUUUUAUAUGUAAUUUUUUAAACCUAGGUUUUUGCAGGUUUUUUUUUUUUUUUGGUUUAAAUCUGGUUUUAGGUGAUUUAAUUCUUUUAAAAAAAUUUAUGGCAAAGUGAAAUUUAAAAUGGGAUUUAUAUCACAGUUCCUGAAAUUAGGUUAACAAAUUGACAAUUUAUUAUUUGAAAUUUAUUAUUGAAAACCCAGGAUUCAGCUUGACAUGGCCCUCAGGAUUUAAAUAGGGUGAAGUUGGAAUUAUCAUUAAGCCUCAGGAAAAGAUUAAGAUUAUGAAAGUAGCAGUUAUUGGUAUUUUAGGGACUUUCAAUGCAGAGUCCGUCCUUUCAGCUGCUCCCAGGGAUGGGUCAUGUCAUGCUAAGAAGUUAGUGUUAUAUAGAAGUUUUGAUUUGGUAAAGAAGUUUCUCAAGUUUCCCCCAUCCCUGUCCCCACCCAUGUGAAAUACAAAGUUUAGUGAAAUACCACUUUCCAUCUUAAAUUAUGUGUGUGGACAUUUUAGAUAUAAGAACUUCCACUUAGCUAGGCAGAGUUCUCACAGAUAAUUUUCAAACAUUUCUCUUAGUUCUAUUUUAUGCAUUAGUUUUCUUUCCUGGUGCAUCUUGUGAGUUAUGAUCUAUGCACUCUCUUGUAUUCUCAUCACUCCAUUCAUUGCUUCUCGUAACCAGAAUCUCCUUAACACAACAUGUACAUUUUUACCUAAUGUAAGGCCCGUACUUAAAGUAUCUCCCACUUACUAAAGACAUGAACAUAGAUUUUCAGGGACUGGCUUGGUCACAUUAUCUACGAUUUGAUUUGAUAGAAUUGUUUGUAAUUUGCCCAAAUCUAUGGAGCACAGAGUUGAAUGAAUCUAUAAAACUGGUUUCAUCUUGUGUCCUCCUGAGUUUUCAAAGACAAGUAGUUGGCAGUUCCCAUGGGAUGGCUCACUGGGGGUUAUUUAUUUUCCUCCUCUUGGAAUAUAUUAACCUCCUUUGCAGUUUCUCUGAAACAGCAUUGUACUUUGACUCAGUCAGAUCAUUCUAUUUUAUUUUCCCGUUGAGAGGAGAAGAAAGGUAGUCCCUCUUUGCUCCUUUCCUUAUUUUCCACUGGAUUGAGGUGAAGGAGAGAGCAGACAGUUAGAUAGCUUAUCCCUGAAGUUAGACUCUGCUCUGUGUUAACUAUCCGAUGAAACAUUCCUUGGCUCUGGGGGCCCAAGAAAACUUUGGGAGCUGAAUUCUCCUGAACACAGGAAAGAUUUAGAAGUGAGAUUCCCCUGUUGAGAACAGGCCCAGGUAUUGUUAGCAUAUUGCAAGGGUUGGAUCCUUGUCUAUACAAGUUGUGGAUCAAAAUCUAAGUUAAAAGAGAAUGAGUGCAUGUCUCCAAAAUUGUCUGGCAUCCCCUUGCUAUGACCAUAUUACCAUUACCACUAGAAGUCAUAGAAGAGAAUGAGUUGUAAUUUAGCAUGAUCUUCUGAAUUUAUUUCAAGUUUCACAUGCUAUCUCUGAGUCUGAUUUUCUGACUUCAAAAUGAUUCUGUUGCAUUUGGAGGCUUCCAGACUGCCCAAGUGAGGGCUCCGACUUCCCUCCCCAAUUUCAUCUGGAACCAUUUCACCUUUGGCUAUUUUACAAAUUAGACUUUCUUUGAGCUGUCUAAAGAUCUGUAAACUAGACCCUAGAAAAUCAUCUCAUUUAUUGGACAUCUAAUCUAUGCUUCGACCACUAAAUUAUCGUAAGUGAAGGAACAACAUAAUAGUGACAGGUUAGAUCCUAACAGAUUAUUUGGUCCCUCAUUGUUUAUUUGAAAAAAGCCUCUAAACUUUUUAAAAACCAGUGUUUCUUCUUAAGAACCGUCCCCUCCUAACUUUCUCCUCUAAUGUUUUUCCUUCUCUUUCCCUUAAAAUUAUUUACCUUAUUAUUUUAAGCCAAAUUGGCCAGGAUUGCUUUAAAGUUUGCAAAUGAGAACGUAGUGAGUUGCAAAUAAUUGGGGAAUUUAUUUCUUUAACUUUAUAACAGACUUUUUAAAAAAACAAAUUCUGAGAACUGGCAUAAAAAAUGCCCUUGAUGAGCUUGUUAUUCAUUCUGCACAUAGAAUUUGCCCAUUCCUAUUCUAAGACCUGCAGGAUAUCUAUCACAAUCUAGCUUUUGCAUUUACUAUCUGGUUGUGGUAAUCAUAAACUAUAUUUCAAAAAACUGCAUUCUAUCUCAUACUGAAGGUCCGUUUGGUACACAAUGUUUGCUGAAUUAAGUCAAUGGGGCAGUGGCAUUAAGUGGUGGAAAAGGAAAGUAUUUAUGGUAGAAUUCUGACUGGGGGAUGAAUAGAGAAGCAGAAUGAAUGAAUGCAGAGAGCAUUGGCUUGGACAUUAGGUCAUUCUCUGAAUUCCGGCUUAGGCACUGUUAGAUGUGUAUGAUCUGGGGCUUCAUUCAUUUAUCUCAUGUGUAAAGUGAGAUAAUGAUACAUAACUGGCAGGCUGUGAAGGUUGGAAAUCAUAUGUAUAUAUGAUCAAUCAUCUGGCUUAUAGUAGAUGUUCAGUAAAUGACAGCUACCACAAAUGUCUAUCAGUUGAGUAGGUAGAUGAUAAAACUGAGCUCCUGAAUGUCCCUUCUCUUUACUUUUCACACCCGUUUCUGCAGCAAUCAAAUAGAUACAUGACUGUGCUUUUCCACAAGAAAAAGUUGCAAGAGAAUCUUUGUCUUCUACUAGGUGUUGAAGAUAAAAUGUAAAUUUCUUAAUUAUCUCUGACAUUUUACUGUGCCAUUUAUGAAGGAAAAUAAAUUACCUCUUAGCGGUGUGUAGGUCUAACUCUGACUUUUCUUACCUAUUCCAAAAUUUUAUUCAUCCAGGACCCUAUGUAUUAUUGUCUCAAAAAUUAAGGCAACAGUUGUAUUAAAUCACCAAAGUUUUUGUUUUUCAGUUAUAUUUUGGGCUUCCUUAGCACCUGGAAUAAAAACAUCUCUUUUGAAGUUAUUGGAGUUUUUUUACUUGCCUUGGAGGAAAAAAUUGCAAAUAUGGUGGAAAAAAAUCCUCCGCAUGAAAAGAGGAGGAAAAAAACAACCCUUUACGGUCUCAGUCAGCAGAUUUACUCUACUUUGAGAAAAAAAAGAAGCAACUUUAUUGGAAGCAGAUGUUGACACUGUGUCAGUUAUUGGAUGGAAAGAGUUCCCUAGAACCGCCGCGCUUACAGAGGGGUACUGACGGCAGUUCGAACGCGUGUGAUGCAUCGCCUUCGCGGCGGACAGGAGGACGGCAGGAGCGUGACAGCGCAGGGGACCGAGACUGUCAGCCUGCCAAUUGUAAUGGACGGGACCCCAGGGACUCGGUUUUGGUUUUUACUUUCCACUAGGAUAAAAGACACACCUUUCAGAAAAUUUAAGGCUUAUUUGAGAGAAAUUAAAGUUUACUCUCUAAACAUGGCCCAAGAGCCCUUAAAUCUAUUAUUAAAGCAUUAAAACUAUUAUUAAAGUCGUUUUAGAAAAAUCGGGUUAAAGUUUUAGUUCCAUAAUGUAGAAGACGAGUAUGAAAACUACACAAAAGUCGAUGACUCUGGGGAUUGGCGCAUGGGUGGGGCCUGCGAGGAGGCUCAGUCUGAACAGCUUCAAAUGUUGAUCACCUCGGUAACACGAUCGUGGAGACUGCUCACAGAACAGACUCAGAAUUUUUUCAGUAGGUUUUCUUUUAGUGCUCUCUUAGAAGUUUACUCUGUAUACUUUUCCAAAGUAUAGAAAUAGUCAUUAUUAUUAAAAUAUUGUAAUUUUCUUAUUUUUUAUUGUCCCUUGUGCUUUUACGUUUGUUUGAAAAAUAUUUUUAUAGUUUCAAAUAAUUGAUCAAACUAGUGUUCCCUUGAAAUAACAAAUUAAUUUGAUCAAAUAAAUUUAUCUGAAUUUCCUUUUAAAGUUGCAAGAAAUACUGAUUAAGUGUAAUUUACCAAUUCCAUUGUGUAAGUAAACAGUGACGCCUCCGAGAAAAGGGCAGGUCACCAUCAAUUAGCUUCCUUUGUAACAAUUUGUGGACUACUAAAUUUCGACCUAAGAAUGACUCUUUUAGAAUACAAGAUUCUUUAAUUAGUUUUUUUUGGUAUAUGCAUAAGAUGUGAACUUUUCUAAUGAUGUCUCUUUAUACUAAUGGAGAUGUACAUUUUAUAUGCUGUGGCUAGGGCAAAAUUUAAUAACGAUUAUUUACACACUUGAUUUAAUUUCUUAGGAUAUUUACAAUCUUGGAUAUUAUAUCUGAUUUAAGAAUACUAUUCCCUACAUUUUUCUGGAUAUACAACAUAUGGAAGGGUUUUCAUGUGAAUUAUUUGUAUCAUUUUAAAGUGCAUAUAUGGAAAGGGAAAAACAUGGGUUCAUUUUGUUUUCAUCAUAUAAAUCUAGAUAAGGUGAAAUACUUUUAUAAAAAAAUAUGGUGAACUUUAUAUUUGUCACUUGAUUAGGUAAAUUGAAAGCUAAUAAUAGAAAUAUUAUCUUACAACAUUGAAAUACAAUGAAAUUCCAGAUUUGUUCGUUCCAUGAGCAGUUUUAUAUUAACUUUACGUUUCCAGAAAAAGAAAUUGACUAGUCUUAACUAUGUUGUCAUUCUUAAUUUACAGGAAAAUAUAUAAUUCAUAAAACCUUUGGCUUUACAAGCUAAUUAUAAAAUCAUAAAUUUUUUCUGGUUUUCUUGGGGUUCAGGAGGGAGACAUUUUAGUGUUUCUAUUCAUUCCUCAAAUACAGGUCACCUAACCGUAUCAGUGAUAUAAGAUGAUGGAGGACUUUGUAAUAAAAACAGAUGUCAUCUUCAAUUUGUUCAAUAAAUAAUUUAAUGUGAACUUAA